AUGCACUCGUCGACCCUGAUAAAACUGGAACGCAGAAAACAGUACAACGUCAAUACCAGCCUGCCAGCAACGGUGAUGGAUGCUGCGAUGUUCUCAUCAACAAGAGUAUCCUCUGCCACAAAGCUGUUGCUGACCUUUUCUGAACCGCUGGCAGACGCCGCGCCGGCAGAGGCCAACUCGGACCUCGCGUGGAAGAAACUCGACUGUUUAUAG